AGGCGAGAAGGAAGAACAAUUGCUUUAUAUUUCUAAAUGUCUGUAUUACCUAACAAACAGACUCAGAACCUGGCAAAGGACACAAGUAAUUUCUCCUCUCUCACAGGAAUUUGAGGUUUCAGCAAUGGCUUCUCUCUCAGCAUCAAAUGGCAGCUUUACUGUUGACCUUUUAAAAAAGCUGGAUGAAUCUUAUUCAGGAAAAAAUAUUUUCUUUUCCUCUUGGAGUAUCUCAUCUGCACUGGCCAUGACUUAUGUAGGUGCAAAAGGUAACACUGCAACCCAGAUGGCUGAGGUGCUUCAUUUUAAGAAAACUACAGGAACUGGAGACUGUUUACAGGUGACAAGAACUUCUCGUGGGAGGCCAAAGAAAAGGAAGAUGGACCCUGACAACUGCAAAGAUGAAGACAUUCAUUCUGCGUUCCAGGCAUUAAUCUCUUUAAUCAACAAACCACAAACUUCUUACUUGCUUAAAACUGCCAACAGACUGUAUGAGGAACAGACUCUUCCAUUCCGUAGGGAAUUUGUAGAAUUUGUUCAAAAAUAUUACCAUGCAGAGCCACAAGCAGUUGACUUUAUAAAAGCUGCAGAACAAGUCAGAAAAGAAAUUAAUUCCUGGGCUGAAAGCCAAACUGAGGGGAAAAUCCAGAAUCUGUUGCCUAAAGGUGCUGUUCAUGCCAACACUGUACUGGUCUUGGUUAAUGCCAUUUACUUCAAAGGAAAGUGGAAAAAGAGAUUUCUGAAUGAAAACACAUCUGAGCAUCUCUUCAGACUGAGCAAGACCAAGACUAAACUAGUGCAGAUGAUGCAUCUCCAAGAUACAUUUUCAACAUGCUACUUGGAACCAAUGAAGGUCAAAAUCGUUGAGCUUCCAUACGUCAAUGAUGACCUCAGCAUGCUCAUCCUAUUACCAGAUGACAUUGAGGAUAAAUCUACUGGUCUGGAACAGCUAGAAAGGGAACUGACCUAUGAGAAUGUAUCCAAAUGGACCAGUCCAGAAAUGAUGAUGAUGUCAGAAGUGGAGUUGUCUCUGCCCAGGAUCAAGCUGGAAGAGAGCUAUAACCUCAAGUCCACUUUGAGCAGUAUGGGGAUGAAAGAUGCUUUCAGUCCGGGCCAAGCUAACUUCACAGGGAUGUCUGAGCAUGAUGAUCUCUAUUUGUCACAAGUUUUUCACAAGUCCUUUGUUGAGGUCAAUGAAGAAGGCACUGAGGCUGCAGCUGCCACUGGAGCUGUUAUAGUAGUGAGAUCAUCUGCCAAUCCUGUACAAUUUAAGGCAGAUCACCCUUUCCUCUUCUUCAUCAGGCACAACACAACUAUGAGCAUCCUCUUCUUUGGCAGAUUCUGCUCUCCCUAGAAUACUACUAAAAGGCAUGCAAUUGAGAAAUGCAAAUUAAAACUUGCAAUUCAAA